GGCAAAACCCCCACCCUGGGUGGCGGCUUCCAUGUGAACUUGGGCAAGGAGUCAAGAGCACAGACCCUGCAGAAUGGGCGGCGCCACAUCCACCACCUGGGGAACCAGCUGCAGCUGAACCAGCACUGCCUGGACACUGCCUUCAACUUCUUCAAGAUGGCCGUGAGCAAGCACCUGACCCGUGGUCGGAAGAUGGCCCACGUCAUCGCCGCCUGCCUCUACCUGGUCUGCCGCACCGAGGGCACACCGCACAUGCUCCUGGACCUCAGUGACCUGCUCCAGGUGAACGUGUAUGUGCUGGGGAAGACGUUUCUUCUGUUGGCGAGAGAGCUCUGCAUCAACGCACCAGCCAUAGACCCCUGCCUGUACAUCCCGCGCUUUGCCCACCUGCUGGAGUUCGGGGAGAAGAACCACGAGGUGUCCAUGACUGCCCUGAGGCUGCUGCAGAGGAUGAAGAGGGACUGGAUGCACACGGGCCGCCGCCCCUCAGGCCUCUGCGGAGCAGCACUUCUAGUUGCAGCCAGAAUGCAUGAUUUCCGGAGAACUGUCAAAGAGGUCAUUAGCGUGGUCAAAGUGUGUGAGUCCACGCUUCGUAAGAGGCUUACAGAAUUUGAAGACACCCCCACCAGUCAGCUGACCAUUGACGAGUUUAUGAAGAUCGACCUGGAGGAGGAAUGUGACCCUCCCUCGUACACGGCUGGACAGAGAAAGCUGCGGAUGAAGCAGCUUGAACAAGUCCUGUCAAAAAAGCUGGAGGAAGUUGAAGGUGAAAUAUCCAGUUACCAGGAUGCAAUUGAGAUUGAACUGGAAAACAGCCGGCCAAAGGCAAAGGGGGCCCUCGCCAGCCUGACAAAAGAUGGCCCCACCGAGGACACCACAUCCAGCUUAUUUGGCGAGGAGGACGCUGAGGAUGAGGAGCUGGAGGCUGCUGCUAGCCACCUGAACAAGGACUUUUACCGGGAGUUCCUUGGUGACGGCAGCACUCCCAGCAGCUCGGAAGCAGCAGAAGGCCCUGAGGGAGGCGGCAGGCCCCCGGCCCUGGAGUCCCUGCUUGGCCCCCUACCUACAGCAGCCAGCCUGGGCAUCUCAGACUCCAUCCGCGAGUGUAUCUCCUCCCAGAGCCGGGACCCCAACGAUGCUUCGGGAGAUGGGGAGCUGGACCUCAGCGGCAUUGAUGACCUUGAGAUCGACAGAUACAUCCUGGAUGAAGCGGAAGCCCGUGUGAAGGCUGAGCUGUGGAUGAAGGAGAACGCAGAGUACCUACGGGAGCAGAGGGAGAAAGAAGCGAGAAUAGCAAAGGAGAAGGAGCUCGGCAUCUACAAGGAGCACAAGCCCAAGAAGUCUUGCAAGCGACGGGAGCCGAUUCAGGCCAGCACAGCCGGGGAGGCCAUCGAGAAGAUGCUGGAGCAGAAGAAAAUCUCCAGCAAAAUCAACUAUAGUGUGCUCCGGGACCUCAACAGCACGGGUGGGGACAGCCCACAGAGGGAGGGCGUGCGGCCCGAGGCAAGGGGCAGCACCAGGAGGCUGUCUCGAAGAAGGACACGAGCCAGCAGGAACAGGGCUGACCCCGUGACCAGUGUGGGGAAAAGGUUGAGGCCCCUGGUGUCUACACAGCUGGCUAAGAAGGCUGCCGUGGGAGAGGCCUUACUCCCGAGCACCCCUGCCCUCCCAGCUGGGCUCGUCAGGCCCGAGGCUGUCUUGGUGGAGAGUGGGCCUGUGUCAUACCACCCUGACGAGGACGCAGAUGAGGAGGACCCUGACGAGGAGGAUGGAGAGCCCUGCGUCAGCGCCCUGCAGAUGCUGGGUGGCAGCGAUUACGGCUGUGAUGGUGAUGAUGAUGAUGGCUACUGAAGCUAACCUCAAGGCAGGCAGCGUCUUGGUGGCAACCCCAUGUGCAUCUCCCGCGGACUUGGGGCUGUGGCUCAGGGCGCAAGCCUGAGACUCAGUGACGAGCUGGCUGCUGCCCUUCUCGCUCUGUGGCCCUCGUCCCAUGCCACACAUGGCCUCUGUGGUGCUCACUGUUGGGAUCAUGCUCUGAGCAAUGUAACGAAUAUUUCUACCCAGCAAGGGAGACUGGACUGAAUGCAUCUGUCUGCUCAGAUGUGUGCCAGGGAACGCCCAGCUUGCUGGUCACUGACCACCCAAGAACCCUUGGAGGCAGGCACCAUCAUGUUCCUAUUGUAAGGAAACUCAGGCAUGGGCCCCGCGGCUUGUCCAAGUGACUGGAUGGCUUACUGGGACCAGCCCUAUGGCUCCAGGACCCUGCUCUUUUUUUUUUUAAAAAGAUGACCGGUAAGGGGAUCUU